CCUCGUGGGAGGCUGCUGUGGACCCGCUUCCCUGUGCUGUGAACCGUGGAAGCCCAAAUUUGAUUCGCGUGCCGAUUGAUUUCUGACCCUUCCCCAGACCUCUCCCUCACCACCCAACCCCGGCGACCAGAGUGGUGAAGUAUGGUCAAACAACUCACCCAACGGCGGUGAGUGACGGGUAAUUAAAACUGCACGCGCGAAUGUAUCCUAAACGCAUGCGGAAUACCAAUUGCAUUGAGUCUGAACGAGAGUUGUACUUCUCUAACGCGUGUGGUGUCCCUUGUUGACUCCAUGGCUCCCGUCAAAGGAACGUGGAAUCUUCACCACCGUCUCAGGGUCACCAGUAGAGUUAGGCACAGCAUGGAGAACUGCAGUUGCAUCUGUUUGAAAUCCGAUUAGCACGUUUGGCUACGUACGGUGCGACAGAAGUUCCACGUAGUGUGUGCAGUGCAGUGUAUACACGACGGCGUGGGUUGGCUAGCAUCACGCCCGACGAUGCUUACCACACACCGCACUAGGUACUCGUUUGAGGCUGAGUCUACCUAGGGGAGAACUGGUUCAGGUAAUCUUCCCCUGGCAUUGUGAUGGCCCGGGUCGAUGGCUGCCCCCCCCCCCCCCCCCACACGCACAUAGUCGAGUUGGAGGGGGCUGUCGCAGGCGGGGUGCGUACAUAGACAGCUGUUUCACGCGCACAGCUGCCACGGCCCGGCCACCUGUCACACAACACGCCCCGUCACCACCACCAUCACCACCACCAUCACCGCCACACUCGCCCAUCACCAUCACCGCCACACAGUCGCCGGGCACGUGGUUCCUCACCAAGAUGGGCUCCAUCCUGGUCAAGAUGUUUCUGCCCACGAUCAGCGGCCUCGCAUUCCUGCCCACCGUCAGCAUCGCCGCCAAGCGCCGCUUCCACAUCGAGGCCAUGGUCUACUUCUUCACCAUGUUCUUCAUCACGUGCUACCACGUCUGCGAUGGCCUGGGCUUCCUCUCCAUCUGCAUCAUGCGCUCCGAGCUGCUCGAGUACUUCAGCGUGUACGGCAUCGCGCUCUCCAUCUGGGUCACGCUCAUCGCCCUAGGAGAAUUCGAGGAGCCGCAGCGGCUCGCCGUGGUGAUGGCGGGCGUCCUGGGCAUCGCCGUGCGCGUCCACGAGGACAGCUGGGGCACGGGCGUCUACGCAGGGCCCAUCGUGGCCGCCCUGCUGCUGCUGGCCCUCAAACACACGAAGAAGAUGAUCCAACUGAGGGCGUUCCUCCCUUCCCGCAAGGUCUACACGCACCACCUGGGCCCGGGGAUCUGCUUCCUCGUGCUCGCGUUCACUCUGCGCUUCUAUUUCCAGGAGUGGGACUACCCGUACGUGCACAGCUUCUUCCACUGCUGCCUGUCGGCGGCGUGCGUCAUCAUGCUGCCGCGCAGCAGCAGCGUCGCGCUGGGGAACCAGCAGCCGGACAAGCUGAGCUGCUACACGCUGUGCUGCUGCGUGUGACGGGGCCCCGCUGGUGCCGCCGUCGCUGGAGAGCGGUGGCGCAGCUGUUACUCAAAAACUAAAUCGUAAACUCUUUUUUAAUCAGGUAAGGCUCUCUCUUUUCGGUGAGCGACCUGGCUAUCGCAAAUGAUAGCUCAACGAAGUGCGCUUAUCACCAUGUUGGACAUUUAUAGCGGCCAAACACUCUACAAACGCCUGAUUCUAAAUGUGGAGUGAGAAAAUAACGGAGGAGCCGGAGAUGAAAUCCACGCGGUCACGGGGAGAGAGACGCCGCAGACUCCAAAUAUACAGCAGCAGCAGCAGGCGUCAGGGUCGAACCCACGACCUCUUGCGCACCAGGCGAGGGAGUUAACAUCUCCUAGCC